CAGGAGCCGGUACACACUGGGCUCACCCUCCCUCGCCCCCAUUUGUGUGUCCAAAGGCGGGACACCCUCCUACCACCUGUAGAGAAGAGGGAGUGGAUUUGAAAUUAAGUCCAGGUGUCUGGGGUCCCUAGACUGUGCCGGACUUCGGACUCUGUGUCCUGCUACUUCUGCUGAGGCUUUUACAGCAGGAUCCUGAGUCUCCUUUGCUCUCCCUUCUGGACCUUUCCUUGUCAGCCUAUCUGUCCUCCUGGGUGUCUUGACUUUCUGCGCCUGCUCCUGGGAUGUCAUGGAGUUGGGUCUGUCUCCACCUCAUCGCAGCAGCUCCCCAGAAGACCUGUACCCAGCCCCUGGAACCCCUCCUGGGACUCCCCCGCCCCCUGAUGCCCCUCUGCCUGGGGAGGUGAAGAGGUCCCAGCCUCUGCCCAUUCCCACCAGCAGGAAACUUCGAGAGGAGGAGCUGCGGACGACCUCUCUACCCUCCAUCCCCAACCCUUUUCCAGAGCUCUGCAGUCCUCCUUCGCAGACCCCCAUUCUCGGGGGGCCCUCCAGUGCAAGGGGGCUGCUCCCUCGAGACACCAGCUGCCCCCAUGUAGUAAAGGUGUACAGUGAAGAUGGGGCCAGUCGGUCGGUGGAGGUGGCGGCAGGUGCCACGGCGCGCUAUGUAUGUGAGAUGUUGGUGCAGCGAGCUCACGCCCUCAGUGAUGAGAACUGGGGGCUGGUGGAGUGCCACCCCCAUCUAGCGCUGGAGCGGGGUUUGGAGGACCAUGAGUCAGUGGUGGAAGUGCAGGCUGCUUGGCCUAUUGGUGGAGACAGCCGCUUUGUUUUCCGCAAAAACUUCGCCAAGUAUGAACUGUUCAAGAGCUCCCCACAUUCCCUGUUCCCAGAAAAGAUGGUCUCCAGCUGUUUGGACACACACACGGGCGUAUCCCACGAAGACCUAAUCCAGAACUUCCUGAAUGCAGGCAGCUUCCCCGAGAUCCAGGGCUUCCUGCAGCUGCGGGGGUCAGGACGCAAGCUUUGGAAACGCUUCUUCUGCUUCCUGCGCCGGUCUGGCCUCUAUUACUCCACCAAGGGUACCUCCAAGGACCCGAGGCACCUGCAGUACGUAGCCGACGUGAACGAGUCUAACGUGUAUGUGGUGACCCGGGGCCGCAAGCUGUACGGGAUGCCCACAGACUUUGGCUUCUGUAUCAAGCCGAACAAGCUUCGAAAUGGCCACAAGGGGCUUCGCGUCUUUUGCAGUGAGGAUGAGCAGAGCCGCACCUGCUGGUUAGCUGCCUUCCGCCUCUUCAAGUAUGGGGUUCAACUGUAUAAGAAUUAUCAGCAGGCACAGUCUCGCCACCUGCGCCCGUCCUGUGUGGGGUCCCCACCCCUGAGGAGUGUCUCGGAUAACACCCUGGUGGCCAUGGACUUCUCUGGCCAUGCUGGGCGUGUCAUUGAAAACCCUCGGGAGGUUCUAAGUGCAGCCCUGGAGGAGGCCCAUGCCUGGAGGAAGAAGACGAACCACCGUCUCAGCCUGCCCACCCCAUGCUCAGGCACGAGCCUCAGUACAGCCAUCCACCGCACCCAACCCUGGUUCCAUGGACGCAUUUCCCGCGAGGAGAGCCAGCGGCUCAUCACACAGCAGGGCCUUGUAGAUGGCCUGUUCCUGGUCCGAGAGAGUCAGCGGAACCCACAGGGCUUUGUCCUCUCUUUGUGCCACCUGCAGAAAGUCAAACAUUACCUCAUCCUGCCGAGUGAGGAGGAGGGCCGCCUUUACUUCAGCAUGGACGAGGGCCAGACUCGCUUCACCGACCUGCUGCAGCUCGUGGAGUUCCACCAGCUGAACCGCGGCAUCCUGCCCUGUUUGCUGCGCCACUGCUGUACCUGCGUGGCCCUCUGACCACCGCAGGAGCAGGCAUGUGUCUCAGCCCUGUGCUCCUAGGCCAGACUCAGAGGGUCAGAGGGCGGGGACAGGAUUGUGAAUAGUCGGAGGGCUUCCCCACUCCAGUUUUCUCCUCUGCUCCUCUGCCUCCCUGAGGCAGAAAGUGCCCCCCCCCACCCAGUCCACCCUCAACCCCUCUCCUCAAGGGAAGGCACUUGGGGUGGCCCUCUCCCCUUCAUGGAGCUUCUGGGCACUGCCCUGGGGCAGGGCAUUAUGGGAGAAGGAGGGCAGCCCAGGGGAUCUUCUGCCCCACACUUUGUACAGACUGAGAGGCCAGUUGAUCUGCUCUGUUUUAUACUAGUGACAAUAAAGAUUAUUUUUGGAUACA